AUAAAUAUUCACUUUUUAGUAAGCCGCAUAAUAUUCGAAAUAGACUCAUCUGCUCAUGUUUGCUUUUAGUUUCUAUUUCCACCUUUUCCGUCUUUAGAAGACGGGAGAUUAGAGCUUUAACAAGGAGAGAGAGUGACAUUAAUUCAAUUUUGAGAGUUAAGGUAACAUAAAAACGGAAACAAUGUCAAAAGUGGAAAAUAAUUUUCUAAAGAAUUUGUUGGAUUUAGAUAAAAGGAUCAGUUUGUCUCUCAGCCUAUCUGCAUCUAAAACUUCACCCUUGGGAUAUUUACGAUCACAUAUGAAAGCUUUAGAAUAUUCAUGCCAUGGUGUGUUUUGGAUUUGUGGAAGCAUUAUUGGUCUUUGGUUUUCAAACACUAUUGAAAGGGAAGCUUUCUUUUUCAAUAUCCUUUUAGCUUUAUUUUUAGACAUCAUAAGUGUGGCAAUCCUAAAAGCUACCCUUCGGAGGAAGAGGCCUUCUAAUAAUGAAGAACAUGAUAUGUUCCUCACAGUUUCUAUUGAUAAGAUGUCUUGCCCAUCAGGGCAUACUUCUAGAGCUGUCCUACUUACUUACUUACUAAUAGCAUCAACACCUGAAUGGUAUUUUUUUCAUCUCAUUCUAAUGUUGUGGUGCAUAUGCACAUGUGCCUCAAGAGUAUUGCUUGGUAGGCAUCAUGUUGGUGAUGUAUUACUAGGAGCAGUUCUUGGUUAUAUUGAAUACCUGAUUAUGGAUUAUGUCUGGGCUGGUCCUGAAACUGCUGAAUGGUAUUUGAGUAUCUUUCGGGAAUCACCAAGUAUUCUUGAUGAAUUAUAAGUAUGAAUAGAUUGUGAUAUAUAAAGCUAAUAUAUGUGAUUUGUUGUAAAUUAUUUGUAUAAAAUGCAUCAAAAAUGUUAUAAAUUAAAAAUAAAUUUUUUAAUAUCUUUUUGAUA